CUUGUGAUCUGCUGUCCAGAGCACUCCUGAUGGAGAAUCAUGUCUAGUCAGAAUGCGGAAAAGGAUUGUGAAGCCAACAUGAUCCCAGAUGUUGAUCAAGAACAUGAGAGCAAGGUUUUCCCUAGUACUUUACCUGAUUCAGAGGCACAUUCAAGAGUAAGUUUGGUGAAGCAAGAUUACCAAGAUGUGUUACAAUGUCCAGCCUUAGAAGAAAACCCCCCAGCUGAAGAACAAAGCCAACCUAUAGACAAUGAGGAAGGCAACAUUGACCUCCUCAAUCUGCCCUUCCCCAGGAAGCUAUGGACCAUAGUGCAGAAUGAGUCAUUCAAGUCAGUCAAUUGGACUGAGGAAGGAGACACCAUCAUAAUUGAAGUAGACCUUUUCCAGAGAGAGGUCCUUCACCACAAGGGGGCAAAGAUUUUUGAAACAGACAGCUUGAAGGGUUUUAUUCACCAGCUCAACCUGCAUGGAUUUAGGAAGAUAUACCCUGGGAGCCAUGUGGUUUCCUCUGGAGAGAACAGGAGAGUAAUGAUGUACCGCAACUUCAACUUUCAAAGGGAUAAGCCUGUACUCCUUCAAUACAUCUGGGGAAAAGAAGACCAGGGAAAUCUCAGCUACCAAGCAAUCUGUGUACCAAUUCCACUUAGUGCUUAUCAAGACCCAACUUCAAAAAAAAAGAUGUUACCUACCAGACGUUCUCCACGAUUCCAUCAUAAGCCUGAGAAAGAAGACGAGGAAGAGUCCAAGAAAAAAAGGUCCAAAGUCCAGGAACCCAAAGGAAAUCAGGGCUUUGUGUUUUCUAAUGUAUGGGCUAUGAAAACUAUUCCUGGAUGUUCACUAGGAAAGCAGUCUCUUGGGGAGUCAAGCAACCCAGUUGGGGAGGACAACUCGGGGAAUAUUAUAUGUGUGCCUCAAACUGCUCCUGAAAUCCAAGGUACAGAAGAAGUGCCCCGUGCCAACUCCUCAGGGUACCCCAUUUUGGGUUCUAUGAUGUCUCUGUAUAACAACUGCUGUUCUGUCAUAUUGUCUGCCCUCUCAGAGAGGCCACCAAAUGAGACCCCUGAUGAAGAAGAACAGGAAGGGUCCUCAGAUUACAAGUGUGUAAUCUGCGAGUCCAUAAAGCAUAGUCAUCCUUUAUGAACUCACGGGCCCCAAGAGAUCAG